UGUAAAGUUUGGCGGCCCUGAUGAGAGUGCAGACGAAUAUUAUACCGGCAUCAUUAAUCUAACCUCAUCUCGAGACGUCAUGACGAUGACUUCGUUCUAGCGUAUUGAUUUUUUGUUCUAAACAACGAUAAAUAGAAUUAAAACGAAAAAAAAUCAAAUUCUAUAUAUUUGACGUUGUUUAUUGCAUAUAAAAAUGUUGUUCUACUCAUUUUUCAAAUCCUUAAUUGGAAAAGAUGUAGUUGUGGAAUUAAAAAAUGAUCUCAGCAUUUGCGGUACUUUGCAUUCUGUAGAUCAAUAUCUUAAUAUAAAAUUAACCGAUAUAAGUGUAACAGAUCCAGAUAAAUAUCCUCAUAUGCUAUCAGUAAAGAAUUGCUUUAUUCGUGGAUCAGUAGUACGAUACGUACAACUUCCUGGCGAUGAAGUUGAUACACAGCUUUUGCAAGAUGCUGCUCGUAAAGAAGCAGCAGUUCAAACAAGAUGACAUGUUUUUUUGUUGAAAUAUAUUAUUAUUUCAUUCGAUUCAUUUUAUACAAACUAUAUCAAAGACAUCAAUUAAUUUAAAAAUAUGAAAUAUAAAAACGCAUGGUUAUUGCAUAUAUUUCUCUCCAUAUAUUGUCUUUACAUGUACAAAAGCAGGUAUAAAAGAGAUAUUUAAAAAUGUUA